AUGGAAAUAAUUAAAAAACAAUUAUUUGAAUCAUUAACAAAAAGUAGUAGUAAUGGAUUUGAUAUAUCAUUUAUAGAAUUAACAACAAAACAAAAGUAUAGAAUUAUAAAGAAAGGAAAAGAAGAUGAAUUAGUCAAAUUUAGUUUUACAGAAUUUUUUCAAUGGUUACCAGUUAAAGAUUAUACUGAAUUAUUCAUUGGAUUAAAAGAUAAUAAAUUGGCACCAUUAAUAGAAGAUGAUUUAUUAACACCAUUCGAUCAAGCGACAAGUGGUGAUAUAAUUGAUGAAAGUGCAAUUAAAAAUCAUGAAAAAGUAAUUUUAAAUUCUUUAAAAACAUUUUCAGGUAUUUUGAAAAUAGUAAAUGAAUUUUUAUCAUCAAUUGAUAAACCUAUACAAUUAAAACAACCUCAACCUCAACAACCUCAACAACCUCAACAAUUACCAAUUGAAUUAUUUGAAAUUUUAAAAACAUUACAUGAAAUUAUAUUACAAUUUUUAAAUAUUAGUGAAAAAAUUGAACAAGAAAAGAUUUAUUCAAAAGAAUUAUCAAAGAAAUUAAGUGGUGUAUAUAGUGAUUUAUCAAAUGAGAUAUCACAAUGUUGUGAGAUAUGGAUUAGACAAAAGAGAAGUGAAUUUCAAGAAUUGGUACCACAAACACUUAGUUAUUUAUUGACGAGAUCAGCAAGUAGUGGUGUGAUAGCCGAUAUAAGUAGAUUGAAUAGGGUUAGACAUGGAUUGUUGACAUUGGAAUAUACAGACCCAAAUGCAAGAUCGUUUAUAGAUUUAUUAUUGAAUUGUUUUAUACAUCCACAAUUUAUAAAGACAGAAGAGGGUAAAAAGUUUUUAAUAUUUUUAUUCUCGAUUAGGUCAAUACUGAUUGAAGAGAUACAUCAAACUGUGAAAGGACAGUUAUUGCACGCCAACAAGACCACCCUGAAUUCAUAUGCAGAAAUAUAUUUCAAAGCGUGGAAGAUGGCUCAGGGUGCGUUCCUUGUGAAGAUUGAAUACUACUGCUUACAGAAUCUAAUGGAGGUGGCAAUUCAUUGCUCAAAUAUGAAACUUUCAAAGAAUUUAAAUGGGUUUUUACAUUACUUUCAUAACCAGAAACCAUAUAAAGAAGUGGACCCCAUGUUGUAUAGAUUGUAUGAACCUAUUUUAUUCAGAUCGUUAACGGUAUCACAUCCACAAGUUCGUACCAAUGCCGCUAGACUAUUCUAUGACUCAUUCCCAUUGAAGAAAUCAAAUGAUGAUACACAGGAGGAGAUUGACACUGAAUUGAAUAGACAGUUCAAAUUGUUAAAAGACCUAUUUGAAGAUCCUUCAAUUCAAGUUAGAGUGGUUGCCAUUGAGGGUACUUUUGAAGUACUCUCUAAAUUUUGGGAACUUAUACCAUUAUCAAAUUCUCGUGGUCUAUUAUCAAAGUUAAUCAAUGAGUUGGCAUUUGAUAAAUCAUCAAAUUCAGUUAGGGAACAGAUUUUCAUUGGUGUUAGAUUACUAUUAGACAAUUCUUUAUCUCAUUCAACAUUACGUGUUUUAUUACCAAAUUUAAGAAAUCUAAUUCAUGAUCAAUCUGAACGUGUUAGAGAAUCAUUUGCAGAUUUAUUAUUAUUCAUAAAAGGAAUUUCAACAAUUCGUUUCUUUGAUAUCGUACCAGUGGAUCAUCUUUUAGAGAGAAUGAUAUUAGAUUAUAAAAAUCAAAGAUUAUCAAAGAAAUUCACUCAAUUAAUAGUUGAACUUUAUUUUCCAUCCGAUGCAAAGAAAUGGGAUCUUGUAAAUAAUUGUAUUCAAUUCUUUAAAUCAAAAAAACAAGCUGCUUUCUCUUUUUAUUCAAAUUUGGUUAAUUUCGUACCAGUUUUAUCGGUUGCAAAAUUCGUUUGUACUUUAUUUAAUUAUUUAGUUAAAUUUAGUACUCAAAAUAUUGAAAUUAAUCAAUUACCAAUUUCAUUACAAAUAAAUAAAAAAGAAAAUAAUAAUGAAGAAAAAGAAAAAGAAAAAGAUGAAGAUGAAGAUGAUGAAGAAGAAGAUGUUGGUGUAUCAGUGGAAGAUUUUGAAUCAAUAUUAGAAAUUAUUUCAUUAAUUUUAAAUUCAUUAAAACCAUUAUUAUUUUCAAAGAAAGAAGAAUUUCAAAAAACUAAAUCAUCAAUGUUACAAGUUUUUAAUGAUGAUGAUAUUACGAGUAUUUAUGUUUGGUUAUUCUCUGCAAAUAUACCAAGAGUUGAAGGAAUGUGUAAAAUCAUUAAAAUUGCAUCACAAUUCUCUUUAGAGAAUUUCCCAACUUUAAAAGAAUUACUAUUACAAAAUUUUCAAGAAAUUGAUUCAACUACACCAGAUCUUUUAAAAGAAACACUUUUAUUAAGUUUAUUCUCUUGGGAAUUACCAAAACAAGUUUUAAAAAUUAUUUUAGAUUCAAUUAAAUUACCAUUUAAAAAAUUAUUUGAAUCAAAUGAACAACAACAUCAUAAAAAAGAAAAACAAUCAAAAAGAAAAAGAGAAUCAAAUAAAAAGAAAAAGAAAGGUAAUAAAAAACAAGACGAUGAUAAUGAUGAUGAUAAUGAAGAUAAUCAAAAUGAAGAAGAAGAAGAAGAAGAAAAAGAAAUGAGUUUUGAAAAAAUUUGUGAAAAAGCAACAAUUUCAAUGGUUUUUUUAGAUAUAUUGUUUAAAAAUGAUCAAUCUAGAGCUCAAGUUUUAAAUGAAGAUGAAAUUUUUGGUGAAAUGAUUUCAAGUUUUCAAUCAAUUUUACCAAUUAUUGCAAAAAGGUUAGAAAUUGAAUGUAAAAUAAAAAUAAAUGAAAAGGAGAAAGAAGAAGAAGAAGAAGAAAAUGAAAAUGAAAAUAAAAGUGAAGAAAAUAAAGAAAAUGAAAAAUCAGAGAAUCAAAUUAUAAAUAAAAAAAUACUUUUAAAGAUUAAUAGAAAUUUAUUGGUAACAAGUUUUACCAUUUAUACAAAAAUCUUGUUUCAUAGUGAAGGUUUAAAUGAAAACAUUAAUAAGGAUUCUGGUUAUUUUAGUGAUAUUUUUGAUUUUGGUAAAUUGUUAAUUCAAAUUUUACAAAAGUUUACAAAAAAACAAUUAAUUAAUAAUAAAAGAAAAAGAAAGAAUUUUGAAAAAGAAAAUGGUGAUCAAGAUGUAACUGAUGAUGAAAAUGAUAAUGAUAAUGAAAAUGAUAAUGAAAAUGAAAAUGAAAUACUUGAUCAAUUUAUUUUAAAAGAAAAUGAAAAAUUAUUUAUCACUGAAAUAUUACAAUGUUAUUUAUUGGUUUUAUCAGAGAGUAUUGCAUUUGGUUUAUUUUCAUCAGAUUCAUGUAACCAAUUUUAUUUAGAAUUUUCAAAGAUUUUAGAGAUUAUCAAAGGUUUUUCAUUAACUGGUUUCAAUGAAAUUAUACCAAUCGUUGCAAAAUUUUCAACUCAAUUAAUGAAUCAUUCUUUAAAUGGUGGUGGUGAUCCAAGAUUACAAGAAAUCUCUCAAAAUUUAUUAUUUAAAUUAUUUGAUAAUAUUAAUUAUUGUCCAAUUAUUAAAAAGAAUAUUGAUAAUAAUAAUAUUGAUAAUAAUAAUAAUAAUAAUAAUAGUAAUAAUAAUAACAAAUAUUUAUCAUUCUUUAAAUUAUCAGAAUAUUUAUUAUUAUUUAAUCAAAAAGGUUUAUUAAAUGUUAUAAUUAAAUCUUUAAUUGAACAACAAAUUUUUAAAGAAUUUUCAAAAUGUUUAAAUCUAGAACCAGAUUUCUCUGAACAAUUGGAUCUACUUGAAAAUUCAGGAUCUUUACCACCUUCUUGUCAAUUUAUCAUUCAAACUCUUUCAAAAUCUUCACCAUGUAUAAAUCAAAUUGGUCACUUUUUAACCUCUUAUGUAAAUACUCAAUCAAUGAAUCAAAAAUCAAUUUAUUAUUCUUUAAAUUUAAUUUCAAUUAUUAUUAAUUUAAAUUUAAAUUCAAAAUCAAUUGAUUUAUCACCAUUAACUACAAUUUUAAUCAAUUUUAUAUCACAAUUACCAAGUUUUGUUAGUUUGAAUGAAGAUGAUGAACAACAAAACAUUGAUAAUAGUGAUGAAGAGGAUGAACAAUUAAAACAAUUAAAACUAUCAACAACUUCUAAAAUUAAAUAUUCCUCACUCUUAUCAAUGUCAAACGAUUUAUUUGCUUUAUGUACAAAUGAUAGAGAUAAAGAAAAAGAAAAAGAAAGAGACAGAGAAAAAGCAAAAACAAAAAUAAAAGGAAAAGAACAAGUAACUAAAGGAAAAGAAAAAGAGAAAGAGAAAGAGAAAGAGAAACUUGUUGUUGCUGUUGAAAAUAAGACAAAGUCCAAAAAAUCAAAUAAAAAAUAA